AAAAAAAAAAAAAAACUUUACUCACCCUAUAUGAUAUCAGUUAUGAUUCUUGCUAACUGUUGUUUGUCUAAUUUUCCAUCACCAUUUGCUGUUUCAUCCAAUAAGUUAUAACUAAACAACCAGAAGACUUGUUGACAAAAAAAAAAAAAAAAAAAAAACAACCAGAAGACUUGGAACCAAAGAAGAAGAGUCCAAUUCCUUAUAAGUCAAAGAGGGAAUUGAGCGACUUCCACUUAUACAAAGAAACCUUGGUUUGUAUUUACUAAAACGGGCAAAUUAAAACUUCUAGUAUCUACUAUAUUACGUUUUGAUAUUAUUUCUAAAUAUUUCAAGGUUUCUUAUUUUAGAAUUCAAAGAAUUGAUGUUACAAAAAAAAAAAAAAGAAUUGAUAUCUAUAAACAGAAGAAUGGACGAGUUUACCAAAAAAAAACAGAAGAAUGGACGAAGGAAAGGAAAAUGAAGGCCUUAGAGUGACAAAAAAGCGAAAAACAUGGCGAGCCUCUGCUUCAUUAUUUGGAAGACGCAAGAUCCAGAGGACCAACAUCAAACUCUCUCUCUCUCUCUCUCUCUGCUUCAACACGUCAAACAAGACGAAACAUUUUGUGUCAAGAGAGAGGAUCUAUGGCGAAGAUCAGAGCGGAUGCUCCGGUGGAGACUCCUCCUCGGAUGAGUGAGGUGGGAGAGAUUGACACUCGUCCUCCCUUCCAAUCCGUUAGAGACGCCGUUAGUUUAUUUCGUCAAGCUAGCUUCUCAAAGCAGCAACAACCGCGUCUCUCCUCCUUAUCCUCUCAGGACACAACGGAUGUGUCGGAAAAAGAGACACAGCUUCUGUUAGCAGAACAAGAAAUGGACAGAGUCCAGCUCUGUCUCGAUACCUCUGUCAAAGCCAAAGCAAGAGCUCUCUCUGCUCUCGACUCUGCACAGCGAAAGGCCUUUGACUUGAGGGCUAAACUAGAAGCCACUAAACAAUCCAAAAAAUCUGCCAUCCUAACCAAACACACAAUGAACCAACGGUUAGAAAAACUCCAAUCCCAAAACCAAGAAACAGAGCGCGCAAGAGAGAAUUACAUUUUAGCCACCGCGGAGCUACUCAUGGCCAAGCAAAAGCUCGCGGAGAUAAAACAAGAGUUCAGCAUUUCCGUGGAAGAGAGGCUAUCAGAGCUUCAAAGAGCAGAUGAAGCAGAGUGCGCAACAGUGGUUAACUCCCAAAAAAUCAGAGACAUGACGCAUGAGAUAGCUGAAAUGUGUGACGCUGCUGAGAGGUUGAAGUCAGGUGCUGAUAGGAUACAAAAGGAAGAGGAAAAGAUCAACGAGGAGAGAAUGGACAUGGGGAAAACUUACGGGGAUAUGAAACGAGAGGCUGAGCUGAGGCUGGAGGAUCUGAGACGAGGGUGUGACCCUGAGCUGAGGAAAGAUAUAGAUGAGCUGGAGGAGAUAUCUGCGGAGAACGAGCUUUUACAAGAGGAGAUCAAACUUGCUAUGGAGCUAAAAGAGGCUAAGAGCGCGAUGCGUGAGAUUUUUGAUGAAGAAAUAUCAUACAGAAGCUUGGUGGGAUCCCUCACGGUGGAGUUGGAUGGUGUGCAGAGAGAGAACAGAGAUCUGAAGGGAAAGGAGAACGAGAGAGAAGCUUUUGAAGAAGUAGAAUGGGUUGAAGCGAGUCGAAAGGUCGAUGAAAUCAUCAGUGAAGCUGAGAGGACAAGACAAGAAGCGGAGGAGAUGAGGAUGCAGGUGGAUGAACUCAGGAGAGAAACAUCAGGCAGGCGUACAGUGAUGGGUGAAGCAGUGAAGCAGCUAGAGAUAGUUGGAAGAGCGGUGGCGAAAGCGAAAACCGCGGAGAAGAGAGCCGUGGAAGACAUGAGAGUGCUUACUGAUAAGAAGGAGAGUUUGACUCACAAUGAGCCUGAUAAGAAGAUUAGAAUAUCAUUGAAAGAGUACGAGGAGUUGAGAGGGAAGCAUGAAGAGUCAGAGAGAAUGGUUCAGUACAAGGCCAAAACGGUUGCUGUUCAGCUGGAAGAGAUCAAGGAGAGCAGAGUAGAAGGGGAGAUGAUGUUGGAGGAGAAGAUGAAAGAGAUGGAAGAGGUAGAGGAGGCUAUUGAUUCUGCAUUGAGAAACGCAGAGAUCGCAGAGGAAGCACACUGCAUCGUCGAUGCUGAACUUAGAAAAUGGAAACCACAAGAGUUGUAGCAGAUGCUAUUGAUGUUUAGGUAUUUAGAGAAGUACUAGAAUAUGUCCAUAUAUGUUUUUGGAUAAAUUGAUAAUUACUCAGAGUUGUUCAUAAGUGCAAUAACACUAGAACAAAGACUUGAAAGAUAGAUUUUCAAGGGCAUCUUUGUUCUCUUCAUGUUAGAAUGUUAAACUGGACACCAUACCAUAGUGGACAACCACAUGCAUACAUGACACAACCGUUAUUUCUAGGUUAAUUUUUUUUCAUAUGGUCAUUUCUAAUUUUUCAGAUUCCAUUUUGCAUGGUUUGAACGUAAACAUUUAGAAAAUGUUUAGAUGGGAUUUAAACCAUUACAUCACAACUAACAUCUAAAAACUUGAUAUAGCUAAUUUUAUUAUAAAGUAUAUUUAGCACAUUGAACAAUUGUUUAUGGAAUUUAAAUUGGUCCUAGUCGUGUAACAUUAAAAUCAUAUCCUCAAAACCUUGCAGAAAUUAGCCUCUUAAUCUUUUACAGAUGUAAAUAAUACGUUUAUAUUGAUGUAGCUCUCUUUGUUCCCAAAUGUAUCAACAAUUUGUGUAUUAUUUACGUAUAAAGGAAGUUUAAUUAACGGUGAAAAUUACAAAACUUUGAUUUAGUAUAGUGUGAGAGUUUUAAACCUUACCCAUUGAAGGCAAUGUGACGUUCACAAAAAGAUGACUUCUCAGAUGCAAGAUUGUAUAUAUGAAAGAUGUUUUUAACUUGCUAACGGUAAGAUAUACUGACACAAUUAACCAAAAGAAAAUAGAAAACAUGAUUGUGUAUUAUAUCACAAAUAGAGAUGUACGUGCAUUGCACACUUCAGGAACAUGAUUAUGGGCUUGGAUGAGCAUGAUAACGAGUAGAUGUUAAGGCUUAAACGUGAAGCAAGGUUGAUGAAGAUUGCAGCUAAGCAGCUGGCUAUGCUGAUGACUCACUUGGACAGUAGUCAGAGCAAUGAAGAAAUUAAGCCAAAGAGGUAAAUGGUUAGUAUUUACACUGGUUAAUUCUUAUGUGAUGCUUCUUUUAUGUUAUUUUUAGAUAUGACAAGGUUGAAUUAAGAAGUUUCAGGCUGACUCGAUAAGUAUGAUUUGGUUGGCAACUUUUUUACUUCAACAUUUCUUUAACUAAAGAGCUUACUAUGUGUUGAAAACAUGGUUUAUAAAACAAUUUAAAAGAGUAUAAAAGUUUAAAUAAUUUUAGCAAUAACCAUUUCAUUCUCCAAUACAAAACCAUGAUGAGGCUGAAGCCUUUGUGUAAUCAUUAUUACGGUGGCCGCGAGAUAUGUCCAAAGGGAGUCUUCUGUGAUUUUAGUCACAAUGAAUAUCUCUUUCGCAGAAAGCCGGUAAUACCGAUCUCUUCAUGUCUUCCGUGGGUGGUGACACAUGCUUGUAGAGUUUUCAAGAGCACUAUGUCGGAGUAACGUCGCAGUGCAUUCUCAAACAAAUGCACACAGCUUAGGUAAGGAUGAGCAUAGAAAAUCUCAAACAAUUUAGAAUUAAUAUCUUCAUCAAAGUUGGACUUCAAGCGCUUAAUUCCAUGUAGUGUCUUCACAUGUAUCAAUAUAAAAUAAUUAAAGUAUAUUUAUAUUAAUAGGAAGAGAAUAGAAAACAUACUGUAUUGAGAUGUGUCUGCAUCAUCUCGCAACUGGAAUGACCAUGUUUCAUUAAUAUUUGGACCCAUUCUUCUAGUUGUAUAUUAUUAUCAAAGUAUACGAGCAUUACACACUUCAUAUUUUCAAAGUGAGGAAAGAUCCAAUUGUGUCUCUUAAGUAAUAUUUAAUUACUAAAUUUUUUUUAAGAGACCUUGUUAAAGUAGUUUUGUUUUCUUUGCAUCAAUGGUAAAACCCCAUUAGGAGUUCUUAAAAAAAACACUUGUGCUAUUCACCAAUGAAUCAACAAACUCAAACUCACAAGAUUACAUGUAAGAUUACAUGUGACCACUCUUCACACCACCACGCAGAACACUCGGAAACGCUAAACAAACACCAGCCACAGCCACAGUACUAAACCCCACCCCAUUCAACCUACCCAGCACCAAACCAAUCGCAUCCCCAAUCUGCCAAAAAAAAAACAGACCUUUCCUCUUUAUACAACCUCCCUAGCUUAUUCCUAGGAAACCCAAACCCAGACAACGUACACGCCGCCUCCAACACUCUUGGAUCCUCGGAGAAGAAGAACUUCUUCUCUGACCUCCUCUAAAGUAAGCCCCGAGUGCUCCCGGAUCACCAAUCCCACCCAUCUGACCCGAUUCUAAAUCAAUCAAACAUCGAUUCUAAAUCAAUCAAGCAUCAAACGGAGGUCCGAUCAAUGGCUUAGAGCAUCUCCAAAAGAAACUCUAUAACUUCAAAUAUAGAGUUUUUGGCUCUCCAAAAAGGAACUUCAAAACUUCAAAUUUAGA